UGCCUCUUGGAGUAGCGAGGUGGAAGCCGGCAGCUUGGUUAGUACUAUUUAAAAGACUAUUUCCACUACAGUAACAGUAGUUUUUGGGGCAAGUGUUUGUGCUCUUAGGGUAAGUUUCAGGGUAACUGUUGUGAGCGCGCACAAUGGCUGAGAAGAUUAACAUGGAGGAAGGGAAGGCAUCAAACGGCGAGACUCACCUCGAUGAGCCCCUGGCAAACGGACUGAACGUCCCCAAGCAGAGCAGUCCCGAGCCGCUGGCUCAGCGGGUGAAGAGGAUAGUGAUGGCCAACUUGCUGGUGAUUCUCACCGUGGCCGGGGUCAUCAUCGGUGUUUUUAUUGGACUCGGUGUGCGCAACGUGGCGUUGACGAGAACCCAGGUCAUCUACAUAGGUUUCCCCGGAGAGCUUCUCAUCCGGCUGCUGAAAAUGAUCAUUAUCCCCCUCGUGGUUUGCAGUCUGGUGUCCGGGGCGGCCAGCAUCGACCCUAAAGCCCUGGGCAAACUUGGCGGCUGGGCUAUGCUCUUUUUCCUCGUCACCACCUUGAUCGCCUCGUCCAUCGGGGUCGUGAUGGCUUUCAUCCUUACACCAGGUGCGGUGUCAGUCGGGAAGCCCAAGGUACAAGGCUUGGACGACGACGUGCCUGCCGCUAAAGAAGUGAUAGACUCCUUCUUAGAUUUGAUCAGAAACAUUUUUCCCUCCAACCUGGUCUCUGCUGCUUUCCAAUCAUAUGCAACCAGCUACAAGCUGGUUACAAAGAAUGGCACAGAUGGAAACCUCAGCGUCACAGUGGAGAAGGUGCCCUUUGGAACAGACCAGGAUGGCAUGAAUAUUCUUGGUCUGGUAGUGUUUGCCAUUGUGUUUGGUGUAGCUUUAAGGAAGCUGGGAGAGGAAGGAGAGAUCCUCAUCAAAUUCUUCAACUCCUUCAAUGAGGCCACCAUGGUGCUUGUCUCCUGGAUCAUGUGGUACGCUCCCCUUGGUAUCAUGUUCCUCGUAGCUGGCAAGAUCGUUGAGAUGGAGGACGUUGGCACACUGUUUGCCAGUCUGGGAAAAUAUAUAGCCUGCUGUAUCAUUGGACAUGCCAUCCAUGGCUUUCUUGUGCUGCCCGCCAUUUACUUCUUCAUUACAAGGAAGAACCCAUACAAAUUUCUCUGGGGUAUAUUCACAGCUCUAGCAACAGCCUUCGGAACAAGCUCCAGCUCUGCCACCCUGCCUCUGAUGAUGAAGUGCGUGGAGGAAAAUAACGGCGUAUCCAAGCACAUCAGCCGCUUUAUCCUGCCCAUCGGAGCAACAGUCAACAUGGACGGAGCUGCUCUCUUCCAGUGUGUGGCUGCAGUUUUCAUCGCUCAGCUGAACAACACUCCCCUUAACUUCAUCCAAGUCAUUACCAUCCUUGUGACAGCUACAGCAUCGAGUGUUGGAGCAGCAGGUAUACCUGCCGGUGGUGUGUUGACCCUAGCUAUCAUCCUGGAGGCAGUAGGACUGCCUACCAAUGAUAUCUCUCUUAUCUUGGCUGUUGACUGGCUUGUUGAUCGUACCUGCACAGUGCUGAAUGUAGAGGGAGAUGCCUUUGGAGCUGGUCUCCUACAGUUCUUUGUUGACCGUACAUCCAAACAAGAGGCAGGAGCAGAGCUGAGCGAGAUCAGGCUGGAAGGUGAACCAUCAGCUGCUGAACCCGAAAACUCGCCGCUCAUUGAGAAGCGAGGUGGUAGGGACAAUGCGAAGACAGCGCUGUCUGGUGAAAAAGAGUCUGUUAUGUAAACCAUUUGCUGACACCAUCAAGAGCCUCCGUGCUUAUUUGACACUCCUGAAACCUGAGGUUCAAACCCCCUUUUUCUUUUUCUUUUUUUUCCCCCCCUUGCCACAAAGAAAAGAGUACAAGGAGAGAGGCUGGACAUGCACACUACAAUGCAAAGAAAAACUCUAUCCUCAACACUUUUCCCCUACUACUAAAAAGUUGUAGGGCAGAUUCAAAAUCCAUGUUAUGCACACUGACUUUGGUUUGAUUUUGGAAGGGCAGUAUUGAACAUUAGUCUAGCUGCUGUGUUGACUCAAACUGAUGUUAUAUUCAGUCAACCCUCAUCAGUUUUAAAGUCAGAAGUUUAUCAUGUGACCAAGUGUGUAUCUACCAGGUGUUCAUUAGCCAUCUGUAAAUUUAUCAUGUGACCAAUAUAUGCGUCCACUGGGAUGUCAAAUGGCUGGACCAGUGACCCCCUGUAAAAUGUAGUAAGUAAGUAAUGCCAGAUCUAAUGUCACAAAUAUAAAGAAAUGUUACAUUCAUAGAUGAUGUUGAAAAGGAAAUUACAUGCUAACCCUAACCCUAAUGCAUUUACCUAUUGGUCUAUUGUUGCCACUUUGUCACAAGUCAUUUACUCUUGUAUCGCUGAACUUGCCUUUUACAAACCCCUCUAUUGCUACUCUUCACCUUUUUAAUACCUACUCCCUGGUGGAAAACAUGAAAAUUUCUGACUUUAAAAGUUCACAAAGACCACCAUACAGCUUGCUAUACCCGGCUUUAUAGCAAGCUGUAUUAUCACAAGAUAGUUUUCAUAUUUCAUAUUCCCCAUCUGGAAUUCUAUAUCUUCAAAAUGGUUUUGUUAAGUGGUUUGUUUGUUUAAUGUUUAAUGUAAUUUCAAUCUUCCCAUGCAGGAAAAUCACUAAUAAGGAUCAUAUGUGUUGUAACUGUAUCAGUACAUGUUUUAGAUAUAAACCUACCUUGUUUGUGCACUUUAAUGUAUAUGAUUAUGGCCACGUUCAUGCAGAUUUCAUCUAACGUAUUUAUAGAUCUCUUGUUUAUGAUUUGUAAAAGCAAAUGGGACAGUAGCUAUAUUAUAUAUAUAUAUAUUAACUAUAUUCCAUAUAGUCUGCAUAAAAAUGGCUGUGAUAAUAUAUGACAAGCACAAACAUUUGUUCUUUUUGUAGGCUUCAGUUAGGCUUCAAGAAUUUUAUUAGUCUCUUACUGUGUCUUUGGUUGCUCCCAGCCAAUGGUUCUCUUAUGUACAAUGCCUUUCUCAUGAUGGAAAAAAGCAAUACACUUGUAAGACCUGUGCUCAAGAUUAUAUUUAUACUCCGAAGAACACCAAAUGAAAUUAUAUCCUCAGUAAUGUCCCAAAGCUGAAUGAAGGACCUUUUUCUCAAGGACUCACACUAUGUCAACAUGCCUGGAGAUGUGCACAAAUUGACCUCCAAGCAUUUCUGCCUCUAAAGAUGGACAGACAUCAGUGCUAUGGCAGGCAAUAUAACCUCAGGUUUACCUUUUGCUUGAAGACUGUCCUUCAGCUGCUCUUUAAUUCUCUGAGACCAAAAAUCACACUGACUCAGCAAACAGACUCCUGAUGACACUGAUAUUUCAAGGGAGAUGUGUCUUUUUUUUUUUUUUUUAAUUAUUAUUUAAUUAAUUUUUUAUUAUGGCUUCCAUUUUACCCAUGUUGUAACUCUGUGUAGGUCCCAGCAUCUUAACAAGGCACAAAUGGGUUGUAAAGCAGUGUGUGACGAGAAGGACUGUUCCCUGAUGUUGUAAAAAGUGUGAUAUGACUGCAUGUGGUGUGUACGCGACAAAAAACCUUCCACUACAAGGAUGUCUCUAUAUUGUAAAAGUAGCAGCAGUGGAUUGUCACGUAGUUUUGACUGUAGAGGCCUGAAGACCUGAAGGACUUAAGAGAAAGGGUAUGUCUCAACUUAAAUCUAUCUAUUUUGUGGCUGUAAGGACCAUAAACAUGGAAUACUGGUUUUAUGAGCUCUACUCCUCCUUGUAUGUUUGAUAAUUAUUCAUUAUAAUUCAUAUUUAUUUCUCUAAUCAAAAUCCAAAGCAUUUUUUGCCCGUUUUGGCUUUUUUUUUUUUUUGCCAGUUUCAAGUCUUCUUGUAAUAAAUGGUUGGAGGUAUUUUUAUUUUUAUUGUUUUAAAUGUUCAUUUUAUUUUGGUCUUAUUUUCAAUUUGUGUGUAUGAGUCUAAACUCUGUGUGUAGAAGGUGCUUCCAUUUGGUGAUUUUUCUUUUGCAGUUUGGCAGUGGGCAUUUAGGAAACUUCAAGACUUGAGAUGUGGGGUUUAAUAGAGAUGACUUGUUUUGGUUGUACUCCAGAAUAAUACUGUCUAUUUUCUAAUGAGUAACUGUAAACUUGCACUAAUGAAUGUUUAUCUCUUCCAUCCAUAUCAUCUUUAACUGUUUAAACUCUACCAAAUAACUGGGGAAUAUGGUACUAAUGUUAUAUACAAAGUUUAUAAGCAA